GGUUCAUCCAGGCUCAGGACGCACAGACGGAGUUCCGAUCAGCUCCAAGGAGACUGAAAGAAAGCACCUCCUCAGCUCCUUCACUUCUGCACCCCAACAGACACUGCAUGUGGAUUUUAUUUCGAAAGACUUUUGUCGAUUGAUUUUCGAGGAAUCUGAGUUUAGGAAUUUGUUUUUAAAGAAACAUUUGUGUUUGUUUGUUUGUUUGUUUGUUUGUUUGUUUGUUUGUUACCUUUGAAGAUGCAUCGGUGCACGGUGGUGCUGCUUUUGUUAGUGGUGGCCUUAUACGUCUUUAGCGCAGAAGCCUACAAGUGCAAGUGCACCAGAAAGGGACCAAAGAUCAGAUACAAGGAUGUGCAGAAGCUGGAGAUCAAACCCAAACACCCGUUCUGCCAGGAGAAGAUGAUAUUUGUGACGAUGGAGAACGUGGCUCGGUUCAAAGGGCAGGAGUACUGUCUUCAUCCCAAACUUCAGAGCACCAAGAAUCUGGUCAAGUGGUUCCGCAUCUGGAAGGACAAGCACAGGGUGUAUGAAGCCUAAACCCUCGGCCAUCCAGCACACAUGGAUCAAGUGAGACAAGAAAAGACGAUAGUACCACCACGACUGUUUUUGCGGAGUACAAGAUGUUAUCUACAAUCAAACUGUACUUCUUUCCUCUUCUGCCUGAGACCUGUCAAGCACAUUAAGAGAUAUCCUUAGUUCUUAUAUACAUAUGGUGUUGGGCUCGUUGUAGUCGGCCAUCACUGUAGUUACAGUCACUCACUACUCCAGUCUCUUCAACUGUAGUUAAACUUGUCCAAAAGUGGACGAGACUCCACCAUUUGUGUUCAGUUGUUACUUAAAGGGAUUUGAUUUUAGGUUUCUUACAAAGUUAAGAAUGUGUAAUUCUGAAGAAACAGGAAAACUUUCCUUAAGAAAACACAGUGGGGGUAUUUCAAAUGUUGCUUUUUUAAAUCCUCUGUAUUCAGUAUGACAGGUAGGACAUUUGUACAAAGCCAACAUUUAGGAUCUGGCGUUUAAGAGGUUUUAGUCAAAAUGUAGCCAUAACUUUUCUCAAUGUGAUUCUCUGUAUUCGCAGAGGAGCGGCAGUCAGUGUACAGUUACCUAUAAUACAGACGUUUCUAUUGUUCAGUCAGAUAGAGGUGAUCUACCCUCGGCGCCCAUUGUGUAAAAUAUUAUCUUACUAACCGGCAGGGUGUAGUUUCAGUAGAUGAAAAUACAAAUAUCAGAUGUGUGUGCCAUUUAUUUGUACAGUACAAUCUCUGGGUUGGAGUACACAUUUGUUUUUAAAACGUAUCAUAUCAUUAAUAAUUAUACUAAAAAAGCAAUUCUGACAAAUAAGCUAUAUCUGGCAGGGGAUACCCGGACACGACUGUGUAGGAUUGAUUCAUUUUGGGGUUUCUUUUGACAACAAGCACUAUACAGAAUAUGUUCAAAUUCAUCCUUCAAAAUAGGCUUUACAUUGUGUCAUUCUGGUAUGAAAAAAAGCAUUUGAAGGCGUCUGAAAUACUCCUCUAUAUACAUUUUAGUAAUUUUAUCUAUAGAAAAUCACAAAAUAUAGUACAACUGUCUCUUAAAAUCCUACAUUGCUGUUCAUACUCUUUUACAUCUUAUUUCUUUUAUUAGAUCUGAACAAUCGAAACAUGUUAUUAUUCUGUAAACUGUUGAUACACUUGGUUAUUAUAUAGACUGCUGGGUGUUGAUUUGUUGCCAUGGAACUGAAUUCACACACGAAUAUAUAUCUGCAUAUAUACAGAAACAACACAUUUUAUUUACAUUUUAAAGAAUGUGCAUUUCUCUUGUUUUAUAUCUGAUGUGAACAAUAUAUAAAGAAGCAUUUUGUAAAUGGACCAGUAUAGCCAUAUGUUAGUGAGAAGGAUUUCUCCUUAAGACUUUAUAGUGUCAUGUAUAUUGUAUUACUGCAUUAUUAGUUAUGUUUUUGCUAUUUAAAACUUGGUUUGGUAACAGAAAUUGGGAGGGGGAGUGUUUGGUCUGACCCAAGGGAAAAUAUUGAGUGUAAAAACAAUAAACAGAGCAAUAAAGUGUCUAUAGAACAGCU